AUGGCCACGACAGAACCCACAGUCGCUGAAGCGGUGGUAUUAUUUCAAGAGCUCGAGCAAAGAUUCCCAUCGACAACGCUCGGCGGUGAUAGAUGGUAUAUUCUGGCACCCGAAUACAGCACUGCAGAUGCGCGGAAAGCUCUCAUGCGUCGCCUCCGCGAAGCUCUCCUCAAGCUGGUCUCAGUCGUCGGCGUACCCAAGCCACUUGAAGCCAUCUUUUCCAUAGCAGCGGUUGAGAAGCCGGAGGAUCGCGACAUGUCUUUUUCGAGAGAAACAUGGCAGUCCGGUCCGGAAAACCUCGCCCGCGGACGGAAUUGGCUCUCUCAAAUCUACCGCCACAACCAUGCCGCCACUGAGAACGUCCUAGCAGCCCACAAGGACUUUAUGUGGAUAUCAGAGGAAAUCACAUACGGACUCUAUCUCUCCGAUCACUCCAUCAUCGGACCUGUGGAGACGGAACUGGUGGUCCUGACGGGCAUCAUGAUGCAGAAUCUGGUUCGUGAGACGGGAUGGCAUUUGCGUGGGAUCAGGAGGAUUGGUAUCGAGCGAGUGGCUGCGUUUUGUGGUCUGGCGCUGAACAGAGUGCCACGGGUGGCGGACAUUGAGCAUGAAGUGCCAUUUGACUCUGGCGCUUGA